AUGGCCGGGCAAACCCCUCCUCUCUCCCGAACCCAACCACCCCUCGCGCCGAGCGGGGUGGAUGGACCCCGCAGGCGCCCGGGGGCCCCGGAAAGAUGGCAGGGCGAGGGAGGGCGACGGGGCGGCGAGGGGGAGGGUCAUCGGUCCGGCCUGAGGACGGCGACACUGCCCCCACCUCGGAAACCCGUCGGGAACCCCAGAGCCCGCCAAACGCACCGGGGAGGCAGGUAUCACCUCUUCCCUCCCGGCCGUCCACAACCCCAGGGGGCGGACGCCCGCCCUCCCCUGCCGCCCUUCCCGCCUCGGGGGUACCCACCCCGCCUCCUGCCGCUCGCGGCAGGAGGGGGCCGAAACAGUCGGAAGGGGGAUUGCAGGGGGGAACGGAAAGCGGAACCGACCCCCGGGGCGGGACAGUCCCCCCGGGUCUUUAAACCUCCGCGCCGGAACGCGCUAGAUACCUGCAACGGGACCGCUCACCCGAGGAGGGAUGGAGGGAACCAACACCGGCCUGAUUCGACGAACGAACACGGCUCCCGGCGCCUGGCCGCCGAGACCGUCUCGCCGCCCGACACCCACCGCGCCGACGCAGGAACCCAAGACGCCCACCUGCGACGAACCCCGGGCGAUCGAGGACCGAGUAGUGUCCGAACAUGGCUGACAAAACGGGGACGACGAACCACGGGAGAAAGAGGCCGGUCCCCGAACCGACUCGGAGAAGGGCGGAGCGGGAACCGCUCCCGCUCACCACGGCAGGGCAAACCCCUCCUAUCUCCCAAGCCCAACCACCCCUCGACUAGCAGGGUGGAUGGACCCCGCAGACGCCCGGGGGCCCCGGCCACGUCGGCAGGGCGAGGGAGACGGGGAGGCGAGGGGGAGGGACAUCGAGCCGGCCUGACGACUGCAACACUGCCCCUCCCCCUCAGAAACCCGUCGGGAACCCCAGAGCCCGCCAAACGCACCGGGAAGGCCGGGAGCGGUGGAGGCAGGUACCAUCUCUUCCCCCCCCCCCCGGCCCGUACACAACCCCAGGGGGCGGACGCCCGCCCUCCCCUGCCACCCUUCCCGCCUCGGGGGUACCCACCCCGCCUCCUGCCGCUCGCGGCCAGAGGGGGCCGAAACAGUUGGAAGGGGGAUUGCAGGGGGGAACGGAAAGCGGAACCGACCCCGCCGGGGCGGGACAGUCCCCCCGGGUCUUUGAACCUCUGCGCCAGAAUGCGCUAG